UGCCCUCUGAGUCUUCUUCAACUUCUCUCUCACACACACACACACACACAAAAACUGGCAUCAUCGCAACAUGAGCAGUUCACUCCCUCCCGCCGACGGUGGAAGAUCGGCGACUAAUCGCCACUCCUCCUUCCCCUCAGCUUCAACCAACCGUCGAAACUUCCUCUCCCCGCCGCUCAACCACCGACACACUCACCACAACCACCACCAAUACCCUAACUCCAGUUUCCCGCCAAAUCAGAGACGCGAUCGACCUCCCUCGCCGCCGAAUUUCGUCGUCCAGCUUCUCCACCCGAGAAUCUCCCCCGCCUCCGCCGGCAGCGGCGACGCCGCCAAGCCGUCUUUCUCGGUCAGGAAGCAAGUGAUCAGCACCCUCGCCUCGCUGAUCGGGAUCCCGGUGGAUUCGAUCCACGUGCCUCAGUUCGGAUGCGUCGCCGGGAGUUUCCGUUUCCGUCAGUGGGUCGACGCGCUCUCCGCCGUCGUCUCUCUCUGGGAGUACCGCCUCCAGGGGAAGACCCUUUUGGUCCCCGAGCUGGUCGCUAACGUCACGGUCCCGUCUGACGUGGACGAGCUUAGAGACAGGCUCCGUGCUCUUUUCUCCGCUCACGUGACUUCCCUUCUUGACAACGGAGACUGCGUCAAGAAGGUGAGGGCAGAGAUAGAGGAGAAGUCUCGUCAAGUCGAGUCCUUUUCGUCCAAGAGAGGUCUCAAGUUGGAAGCUUUCGAGAAAAAGAAGGCUCUUGAGGCUGAGAGAGAUUUGAUUGUGAAGCGCCUUGAAGAAUUCAAGAAUGGUAUGAAGAGCAUUGUGAGGUUUCUCGAAGGUUCUGUGCCUGAUGGAGAAAAAGAUGACGUGGCGGUGUUUAGUUUGGAAGGAGCUUAUGAUUGGCCACGUAUUCAUAGCUUGAUCCGCAGGGAGUGUCGUAGGCUAGAGGAUGGCCUGCCUAUCUAUGCUUACAGGCGGAAUAUUUUGAAGAGGAUUCAUGGCGAACAGGUAAUGGUAUUGAUUGGAGAAACCGGUUCAGGGAAGAGCACUCAGUUAGUUCAGUUCCUUGCUGAUUCCGGAGUUGCUGCUAGUGAAUCGAUUGUUUGUACACAGCCAAGGAAAAUCGCUGCCUUGACAUUAGCUGAUCGGGUCAGAGAAGAAAGCAAUGGUUGUUACGAGGAGAACUCUGUCCGCUGCACUCCAGCUUUCUCUUCUACCGAGGAGAUUAGUUCCAAAGUCGUGUUCAUGACGGAUAACUGUCUGCUUCAACACUACAUUAAAGAUCGGAGCUUGUCUGGAGUUUCUUGCGUUAUUAUUGACGAAGCUCAUGAGAGAAGCUUGAACACGGACCUUCUUCUGGCGUUGCUUAAAGAUCUGAUGUGCAGAAGGAUCGACUUGAGGCUUGUCAUCAUGUCUGCUACGGCUGAUGCUUACCAGCUCUCAGACUAUUUCUUUGGCUGUGGGAUUCUUUGUGUCACCGGAAGGAACUUUCCGGUGGAGAUUAUAUAUUCCCCUAGUGACGCAGAAGGGACUUCUGUUGCUGGACGCAUUGCUCCGUAUGCUGAUGAUGUUGUUAAGAAGGCAGUGGAGGUUCAUAAGACAGAGGAAGAGGGAACAAUCCUUGCGUUCUUGACUUCCCAAGCGGAGGUUGAAUGGGCGUGCGAAAGGUUUAUAGCUCCAUCUGCAGUUGCUUUGCCUUUGCAUGGAAAGCUUUCCUUCGAGGAGCAGUUUAGGGUGUUCCAGAACCAUCCUGGGAAACGGAAAGUGAUCUUUGCCACAAAUAUUGCAGAGACCUCUCUGACUAUUCCUGGCGUCAAGUAUGUAAUCGAUUCCGGGAUGGUGAAAGAGAGCAAAUAUGAACCUAAGACUGGUAUGAGCAUCCUCAGGGUUUGCCGAGUCAGUCAGAGUUCAGCUCGGCAACGUGCUGGUCGUGCCGGAAGGACAGAACCGGGGAGAUGUUACAGACUUUACUCGAAACACGAUUUUGAGUCGAUGAAUCUCAAUCAGGAACCUGAGAUUCGGAGGGUUCAUCUUGGUGUAGCGCUGUUGAGGAUUCUUGCUCUGGGUGUAGACAACGCAGCUGAUUUCGACUUUGUUGACGCGCCUGUCCCUGAAGCCAUCACAAUGGCUGUCAGAAAUCUUGUUCAGUUGGGUGCAGUCGUUGAGAAGAAUGGUGUUCUUGAGUUAACACAGGAAGGGCACUGUUUAGUCAAGCUUGGUCUGGAGCCAAAGCUUGGAAAGUUAAUUUUAGGCUGCUUCAGAUACAGAAUGGGCAAAGAGGGGAUUGUUCUUGCUGCUGUCAUGGCUAAUGCUAGUAGUAUAUUUUGCAGAGUUGGCAGCCUCGAUGAAAAGAUGAAAGCUGAUUGCCUAAAGGUACAAUUCUGCAACCCUAAUGGAGACUUGUUCACUCUUCUUUCGGUGUACAAAGAAUGGGCAUCUCUGCCGCGAGAGAGAAGAAAUAAAUGGUGCUGGGAAAAUAGCUUAAAUGCCAAAUCAAUGAGGAGAUGUGAAGACACAGUCAAGGAGUUGGAGAUAUGCAUCGAGAGAGAACUUUCUCUUGUCAGUCCAAGUUACUGGGCUUGGAAUCCAACCCAGGGUAAUAAACACGACAAGCAUUUGAAAAUGGUUAUACUUGCAUCUCUUGCUGAAAACGUGGCGAUGUACACUGGCUAUGAUCAGCUUGGGUAUGAGGUGGCAUUGACUGGUCAACAAGUUCAGUUGCAUCCGUCCUGUUCAUUGCUAGCGUUUGGACAGAAGCCAAACUGGGUUGUUUUCGGUGAACUUCUAUCAGUUGUCGACCAGUACUUGGUAUGUGUAACUGCGUUUGAUUUUGAAGCUUUGUCUAUGCUUGAUCCACCUCCACCUUUUGAUGCAUCUCAUAUGGAUGAGUGGAGGCUCCGAGUGGAAAAGGUGGCUGGUUGUAGCAGCACUCUGCUAAAAAGAUUCUGUGGGAAAUCUAACCAUGGUCUGCUUUCGAUUGUUUCUCGUGCCAGGUCGCUUUGUGUGGAUGAAAGGAUUAGUAUUCAAGUUGAUGUCGAUCAGAAUGAGAUUCUACUGUAUGCGCCUCCCCACGAUAUGGACAAAGUCUCGACCCUAGUGAACGAUGCGUUGGAGUGUGAAAAGAAAUGGAUGCGUAACGAAUGCUUGGAGAAGUAUAUAUACAAUGGUCGGGGACAAGUACCUAUGGCACUUUUUGGAUCUGGUGCUCAGAUAAAGCAUCUUGAAGUUGAUCAGAGAUUCUUGACAGUCGAUGUAUUUUAUUAUGGCGACAGUUUUGUUGAUGACAGAGAGGUUCUGAGGUUCCUGGAGAAGAAGAUUGAUGGGUGUUUCUGCUCUAUCCAUAAGCUCGUUGGGAACAAGCAAGACUGUGAUGAGAAGGAUAAGUGGGGUAGGAUAACCUUUCUCACUCCGGAAACUGCUAUGAAGGCAACAGAAAUUCAGAAAUUUGAUUUCAAUGGAUCGGUGCUUAGACUAUUUCCGUCACUGGCAACUGGUGGGGGAAUGUUCAAGAUGCCUUCUUUCCCUUCUGUUAAUGCUAUGAUUCGUUGGCCGCAGAGGGAAAGCACUGGUAGAGGCGUUCUUAAGUGCCCAUCCGGUGACGUUCACAGUAUAUUUGCUGGGACCUCUGACAUAGUGAUAGGAACAAGAUAUGUCCGGUUUGAGACCGAUCAAAGGUUCAGUGAUUCAAUCUUGAUUACUAAUAUUGACUCAGGUAUUUUGGAAGCAGACGUUUUAGAUGCGUUGGAGUUCUAUACGGGGAGAACAGAUUUGGAAUUUUUUCUAUUGAGAAGGAAGAGUGUGCGGUGUCCACCUCCUGCUGUCUGUGCAGAUAUGCUGCAUAAGAGAAUAUAUGCGUGCAUGUCAUCCAGCAGCAGUCCAGAGCCAAACUGUGUCCAAGUCAGAGUUUUUGAACCAAAAGAAUCAGAUUACUUCAUGCGAGCCUUGAUUACUUUUGAUGGGAGGUUACACUUGGAAGCUGCGAAAGCUUUACAGGAGUUAGAUGGAGAGGUGCUACCUGGAUGCCUUUCAUGGCAGAAGAUAAAAUGCGAGCAAAAGUUCCAGAGCUCUAUUAUCUGUCCUGCUUCUGUCUACAACAUAGUCAGAAGACAACUGAAUGCUAAGUUAACAAGCUUCGAGAGACAAAGAGGAGGUACGUGGCAUCUGGAGCCAACUCAUGGUGGUGCUUACCGUGUUAGAAUAUCUGCUUAUGCAACCAAACCCAUCUCGGAGAUGCGGAGAUCUCUUGAAGAACUCGUAAGAGGAAGACCCAUAAACCAUCCAGGCUUAACCCCAAGGGUCUUGCAGCAUCUUUCUUCCAGAGAUGGUGUUAUUCUGAUGCGGAGGAUCCAACAUGAGACUGAAACUUACAUUCUAUUAGACAGGCACAGUCUCACAGUACGCAUUUGUGGAUCAGAAGAGAAGAUUGCUGCGGCUGAACAAGAACUGAUCUGGUCACUUCUGGCCUAUCACGAUAGGCAGCAACUUGAAAUCCGCCUCCGAGGUCCUAAACUCCGUCCUGACCUCAUGAAGGAAGUUGUGAACCGGUUUGGUCCAGACCUCCAAGGUAUCAAAGAGAAGGUAAAUGGCGUGGAUCUCAAGCUCAACACCCGGUACCAUGUUAUUCAGGUUCAUGGGAGCAUAGAAAUGAGGCAGGAAGUAGAAAAGAUUGUGUACGAACUUGCACAGGAAAGUAGUGAACCGGGCGGGAAACCAGAUGACAUUGAAGUUGAAUGCCCCAUUUGCUUGUGUGAGGUUGAUGAUGGCUACACUCUCGAAGGAUGCUCACACCUCUUCUGCAAAGCUUGUCUGUUGGAACAGCUCGAGGCGUCGAUGAGAAACUUCGACGCAUUUCCCAUACUUUGCUCUCACACGGACUGUGGAUCUCCAAUAGUAGUCGCUGAUUUGAGAGCCCUCUUAUCACAAGAGAAGCUAGAUGAGCUCUUCAGAGCAUCCCUGUCCUCUUUCGUAACAACCAGUGAUGGUAACUUCCGGUUUUGCUCCACACCUGAUUGCCCUUCCGUUUACCGUGUAGCCGGUCCUCGAGAAUCAGGGGAGCCGUUCAUCUGCGGAGCUUGUAACGCAGAGACAUGCAGAAAGUGCCACCUGGAGUAUCACCCGUAUAUCACUUGCGAGAGGUACAAACUGUUCAAGGAGGAUCCGGACAUGUCGUUGAAAGACUGGGCAAAGGGAAAGAACGUGAAGGAGUGCCCGUUUUGCAAGUCGACGAUAGAGAAAUCUGAAGGGUGUAACCACGUGCUGUGCCGGUGCGGGAAGCACAUUUGCUGGGUCUGUUUAGACUUCUUCACUCAUCAAGAACCUUGUUAUGAGCAUAUGAGAGCAGUCCAUGGUGGAAUAGGCAUCUUCGAUGGCCUCGGCAUCCCCAUGCUUUGAUGUUCGAAAACUGGAACUCUUCAGCGUCAAAUUAGUCUUUAAGCCAAGUCUUUGUAUCUAUAUUAUGUAACAUCUGGUUGGGUUCAUAUGUAUAUAUGUCGAGAUGCUGUGAUUCAGUAGUACUCCUUUAACUGAUCAUAACAGGAAAGAGCCUGAACUCUGAAGACAUUAUAAACCUGAUAUGAAUGUUUUUAUUACUAGUUUUAGAUUUUGAUUUGUUA